AUGUGUCUCCAAGUUGUCCCUCCUCCUGCGUUUGGCCGCUGUCAUCAUCAUCAUCUGGUGCAGGGGAUUGGUGGUCAUGUGGCGGAGGAUGCAGGGGAGGCAGCAGAGAGAGUUAUAAUCGCCGGUGGUGGAGAGGGAGGAGGCGGUGGUGGGAUGAUGAGGUGGUGCGUGUGUUCGCCGACGACGCACCCGGGGUCGUUCCGGUGCAGGUAUCAUCGAGCUGUUUAUGUAUGGGGCGCCGCAGCCAGCAGAUCAAUGGCUACCGCCACUGCAGAAGCAUGCACAUGA